AUGUUGAAGCCGAUACUCGACGUUACCAAUUUGAAUGUGUCUCUAUCGGUUUUUGGUAUCUUCAUACUCGCUUAUGGGUACUUUUCAGCCCGAUUGCAGCAAGCGUGGUUCCUGGGGGAAGCCUUGCCAGCCCUAGUGCUGGGAACCAUCGUCAGCCCCGUCGCCGCUAAUCUGAUCAAUGUAUCUGACUGGGACCAUAACGGGGUGUUUCACGACACCCACGAAAUCGCAUAUAACAUGGCACGAGUCGUCAUCGCAAUCCAACUCAUCAAAGUCGGAUAUGAACUGCCCAAGCAAUAUCAGCGAAAACGCGCGGCUGAGAUGACCAUCUGUCUUCUCCCCGUCAUGACUAUCAUGUGGCUCUGCACGACGGCAUGCAUUAAGCUGGUUGUACCCAAGGUUUCAUGGGUAUCCUCAUUAGUGAUCGGAUCAUGCGUCACCUGCACCGACCCCGUGCUCUCGCAGGCCAUCGCCAAAGGCCCCUUUGCCGAGAACUAUGUACGCCGACCACUGCGCGAAUUCAUCUCGUCCGAGGCCGGUGGAAAUGAUGGCUUCGGGUUUCCCUUUCUCCUGUUCGCGGUUGCGCUGCUGCGGUAUGAUGGGACCAGAGCGAAUGCCAUUUCGCUGGACGAGAUGGACCAUGCUGAAGGUAUACCGGAUCAACUGGGCGCGGAGGAGCAGAGCAGGUAUGGCGACGGCGGUCUGGAUACGGCGCUGAAACACUGGGCUAUUGAGGGUGUGCUGUUCAUGGUGCUGCUGGGGUUUGCGUAUGGGGCCAUUGUGGGCACGCUGUGUCGUGUUGUGCUGAAUUGGGCGCUUAAAAGAAAAUGGGUCGACAACGAGAGCUAUCUCCUGAUUCCGCUGGCCAUGGGGAUGUUCAUCGUCGGCACCUGUGGCUGCUUCGGCGCCGACGAAACCCUCGCCUGCUUCGCAGCGGGCAAUGCCCUGAACUGGGACGGACGCUUCCUGGCCGAAGUGCAUCUGCGCCACGACUCGUUCAACAACAUCCUCGAGCGAUUCCUCAACUUUGCCGCCUUCAUCUUCAUCGGCUUGAUUAUGCCGUGGGACUUGCUCACCAAUCCGCAGAGAAUUGCCGUCCACGGACUCACGCCCGGACGGCUGCUGGGGCUGGCGUUUCUUGUGCUGGUGUUUCGACGCAUCCCGGCUCUUCUGGUCUCGUAUCGGCUGAUGUCGAAGGUGUGUCGGGACUGGAAGGAGGCGUUGUUUAUGGGGUAUUUUGGUCCGAUUGGAAUCGGCGCCAUAUGCUCGGUUGAAUACGCAAGACGACUCUUCCCGGCCCCGGGAGACAGCGAUGCAGAGAUCAACACUCUGACCAGCGCCAUGAUACCGGUGGUAUACUGGCUGGUGUUCUUCUCCGUCAUCGUCCACGGCCUGUCCGUGCCUAUACUGCACAUGAUCUACAAAUGGCGCAAAGUGCCCAUCGUGCACGACAAUCCAAUUGAAGUUGUGCUGCUGUCCAACAACGAGCCGCUGCCUGCGAACAGCACGGCGUUGCCUCAGCGGCAUUCGGCUAUACUCAACAAUCGGUUUUCGAGGCAGGAUGGUAAAGAUGACCGUGAUAAUGAUAGGGACGACCGUGACCAUGGCGAAACUGCUACGCCAGCGCAGAAUAUGAGGCGGGCGAUGACUGUGCACCAUCCCCCGUCUCAUCACCGGCAUCAUCAUAUUUUCCAUCGAGGAAUAUCUCCCUACGACCUUCAUAGACAUCAUGGCCAUAGCCACAACCAUGAUAAUACCAGAUACGAGCGCAGCUCUCUGCACGGAUCAGAUGUCGUAGAUAUCCUGCAGCACUGCGACGACGACGAGCGAGGGCACAAAUCCAGGAUGGGGUCGGAUAGCACAGCGUCGGUCGAUAGAAGGCCGUCAUUACCACAGGAGAUGCCGCGGGAUAUGAUCUAG